CUCUUUUUCCUAUCUUCCACCAUUCCACAAAUAAAAAUGGCUGCUCGUAGCGCCGCUCUCAAGAUCGACUGGGUCAAGGUGACCAGCUCUCUGGGCCUCCGCGGUCAGACCGCUGCCUCUCUCCAGGCCUUCAAGAAGCGUAACGACGAUGCGCGCCGCAAGGUCCAGGUCCUGUCCGAGCAGCCCCAGACCGUCAACUUCGACCACUACCGCAGCAUCCUGAAGAACCAGGCUAUCGUCGACGAGAUCGAGGGUUACGUCAAGAACUUCAAGCCCGCUACCUACGAUGUCAGCCGUCAGUUGAAGGCAAUCGAUGCCUUCGAGGCUCAGGCCGUCAAGAGCGCUGAGGAGACCAAGGGCAAGGUCGAGUCCGAGCUCCGCAACCUGGAGAAGACUCUGGAGAACAUUGAGACCGCUCGUCCCUUCGACGAGCUCACUGUGGAUGAGGUCGCUGCUGCUCAGCCCGAGAUUGAUGAGAAGACUGCUGCCCUCGUCUCCAGGGGCAGAUGGAUGCCGGCCGGAUACAAGGAGCGCUUCGGUGACUUGUCCGCUGUUUAAAUUGUCAGCAUUUGCAUCUCAUUUCCCGCAUCUUUUAUCCUACAACCAAUGGAAUUACACGACGGAAACUUCUUGUCAAGCCUGUUAACGAAUGGCUACCAUUCCUGAUACCUGGCAGUGUAUUUCUUUUGGUCGACGGAUCUGUAUAGAAUCAAUGUUGAAAUUAGAAGACGGUUUCCUUGCAUUUAUGCAUCCAGCCAUUUUCGCCUACGGCUCUUAGCCAUGACUCGUCCUUUUCGAUGCUUAAUACUCCCGUCUUCAUUGAUUCACGAUUUCUCGCACAUCGCACAUAUAUGUGAACCUGCUGUAGAUGGUGCUCCCUUCCCCAGCCCAGGCCGAGCAUUGUACUGGAAACUCACUUGCCUUCUGUACCUGUAGCGCGUAAAAUGAGUAUCAC